AUGCGGGGCCAGGCCCGGAAGGAGAGUCUGUCCGAUUCCCGAGACCUGGACGGCUCCUACGAUCAGCUCACCGGGAACCCACCCAGGCCCACUAAAAAAGCGCUGAAGCAGCGAUUCCUCAAACUGCUGCCGUGCUGUGGCCCCCAGGCCCUGCCCUCAGUCAGCGAAAGCAAGUGCCCCCCUCCUCUCCUUCUGUCCCCAGAUAGCGUAGAGGAUGAGUUUGAAUUGUCCACUGUGUGUCACCGGCCCGAGGGGCUGGAACAGCUGCAGGAACAGACCAAGUUCACCCGAAAGGAGUUGCAGGUCCUAUACAGGGGCUUCAAGAACGAAUGCCCCAGCGGCAUCGUUAACGAGGAGAAUUUCAAGCAGAUUUACUCCCAGUUCUUUCCUCAGGGAGACUCCAGCACUUAUGCCACCUUCCUCUUCAAUGCCUUUGACACCAAUCAUGAUGGUUCUGUCAGCUUUGAGGAUUUUGUAGCUGGACUGUCGGUGAUUCUCCGAGGAACCAUAGAUGAUCGGCUCAAUUGGGCCUUCAACCUGUAUGACCUCAACAAGGAUGGCUGCAUCACCAAGGAGGAAAUGCUGGACAUCAUGAAGUCCAUCUACGACAUGAUGGGCAAGUAUACAUAUCCUGCCCUUCGGGAGGAGGCACCAAGAGAACAUGUGGAGAGCUUCUUCCAGAAGAUGGACAGAAACAAAGAUGGUGUGGUGACCAUUGAAGAGUUCAUUGAAUCCUGCCAGAAGGAUGAGAACAUCAUGCGUUCCAUGCAGCUCUUUGACAACGUCAUCUAGCUUGAUAUAAAGAAGGGUUGUCAUGUGCUGGGGGAAGCUCCUGGGCCUCCCUGCUCAGAUGGACCUCACUCUUCUUUUCCCAGGUCUAUCUCCAGCCCCUAUCCUAUGCCAGCAGGGGCCCAGGCAACCCCCAGGGGUUGCUAGGAGGCCAUACUUAGGGGACUGUGACCCCUUUGGGG